AUGCGUGAGUAUAAAGUCGUGGUCCUCGACAGCGGAGGUGUCGGCAUUUCUGCUCUCACCGUGCAAUUUGUGACCGGGACCUUCAUAGAGAAGUAUGACCCGACAAUUGAAGAUUUUUAUCGAAAGGAGAUCGAGGUGGAUUCCUCCCCGUCGGUGCUGGAGAUUCUGGACACUGCUGGGACAGAGCAGUUUGCUUCUAUGAGAGACCUUUACAUCAAGAACGGCCAGGGCUUCAUACUAGUCUACAGUCUGGUCAACCAACAGAGUUUCCAAGACAUCAAGCCAAUGAGAGAUCAGAUCAUCAGAGUUAAAAGGUACGAGAGUGUGCCGGUGAUCCUUGUGGGGAACAAGGUGGACCAGGAGGGAGAGAGGGAGGUGUCUUGUGGAGAGGGCCAGGCUUUGGCCGAGGAUUGGGGCUGUCCCUUCCUGGAGACCUCGGCGAAGAGCAAGACCACGGUGGACGAGCUUUUCACUGAAAUCGUCUGA